UUAUGGGUGGGUAUGGCUUUGCUGAAUAUAAACAAACGCUGUUUAGGAUUGCGAAUUGUCUAAAAAAUAUUCCAAUUCGUCCGGUCGAACUUCAGCUGCUCGGUCUUCGUAUCGUGCGAUGCAUGAAAGGUCCUUUUGCGUUAUUAUUAUUAUUAUUAUUAUGUUUGUUUACUUUCUGCGAUGUAUUCGAAGAACGAUGUGUGUCGCCAUUUGUAGCUGGAUGAAUCAUUUACGCUUCCUUCUCUCUGUAGGCACAGGCAAGAUCACUUGUUGACCCCCGCCAUCCCUGAGAAAAUCGAAUGUCUGUUUCCUGUUCACGAUCAACAAGAUGUACUCUACGUCAAUGUGCACUCCUCAGUUCUUCUUCUUCUUCUUGAAAGAGUGCAAACAUUUCAUUGAAAUUCAGUUAAUUCUGUGAUAUUUGGGGAUAGUGUAAUUUCUGUAAGGCACGUUUGAAAUAUUCAAACAUUUACGAAUCGUCUACAUUGCGAGGUAGGUAGACCGGGGACUGCAUCAAAUAUCGAAAUUAACCUACUUCGUCCUGCUGAAAAAGAACAGGGCAUAUAUUGUGACUAAAAAUCAUUACAUUUUUUCUCUUGGUUUCGAAAAAUCUUAACCAUGUAAAAUUCGAUUCGUGCUGGCCUGUUUCCAUGCAGUGUCACCAUGGGUCAGUCUUCCGCCGCACUUUGUGAUGCUGUACAAAAAUAUCUAACUUACGUUUUAAAGUGGUAUAAGGUCAUAAUUGAACAGUGCGCCCUUUGCUCGAAGUCGUUCAUCACUGCGUAUAAGGACACCGUUUGCGAGGAGGUGAUCAUCCUUCCAGUGAGUAGUUCAGCGAAUUGGUCCUUCCAGGAGCUUGCGGCACUUCGUGACUGUCUGCCGAUAUCAUCGUCUUCUCCACUAACCCUCGCUAUCGUAGAACUAUCCGGCAUCGUAACACUUUACUCCGUGAGCGACGGCAUCUCAGAAGAUUUACAGGGCCGUACGUGGCGUCUGUCGCGAAACUUUUUAGAAAAUCCCGAGAAGUGUAUUGAGGCGGGACUGCGUAAAGCGGAGCGAAAUCGCGGUAGAUUGCGCCUAGAUCGGGGCGAGCCAAGGCCGGAUCUUGCAGAAUCAACGGGGCAUCCCUCCCAGACACGGAGCACGCCAGAUGAUGUUAUUGUCAUAGACGACUAGUCAGGCCUGGAGAACUUCGCGGUACCUAUUCAUGAGCGAGGGAGGGACGCUUAUCCCUGAAUAUACUGCAAAUUCAGUACUUACUGAAUGCGUACACCAUACCAAAAUGGAAAUCACGGAAAAUAGCUAUAAUUUCACGGCGCAUAACGUUUUUACGCUUCCAGUUAAUACGGAUAAAGUCUUUGUCGCUCCGGACAAACUUCUGGUCACAAGCCUUACGAAAUUGUCGAUCAGUGUACACGACCUUGGCAGUAAGGGGAGUGUUACACACGAGCUAGAUACACAGGGUGUUGUGCUUUGGGCCGAAUACUGCGCUGUGAAUAAUCAUGUAGCCACUAUUGAAGACCGGAUCCUGUACGUCUACCAACUGUGGUGGCUACCAGAUCUAAAAGUUAAGGCGUUAGGUAUAGCAGAUUGUGCUGCUUGGUGUUCCAGUUCGGGAAGGUUAGCUGUAUCAGACGGCCAUCUAGUCAUAGUUUAUGAAGAUCUCUUGCCACUGUUCGAAUUUACCAAUCUAACCGGCAUUAAGGAUAUUGCCCUAUGUGAGAACGUGCUAGCGCUACAGACUUCGACCCAUGUACUGGUAGUUAAUCUCCAUGAAGAAAAGUACCCCACCCCCGAUAACGAGGUUAUUUGGAACUUCGAUCAAGAAGAUCUUAUUAUAAAUGCCGAUGAACUAGCCUCGCCCAUAAAGAUCGACAAGGCGGCGAUGCAGUCGGAAAUACCAAAAGAUCUAAAAGAAACGUAUCUUCCGGAUCGUCCAAUUUACGGGCUGAAUAUCAAAGUGAAACAUUUAUGCAACGAUCGAGUGUACCAGCCUAAAGUAUUACUGCUUAAGCGAAUGCAGCCAACCUUCAUGUCACUUAUUGCCUAUCGUAGCUGCGUUAAACAACCAAUUCCAAAUCCAUUGGCACCCAUUACGGGAAAGCUGGAUUAUGUUAAUCUUAUCGUAGCAGAUCAAAUAAAUUGCGAGUUGUUCUGUGUACAAGGAGCUUAUGGACGAGGUAGCGUGAGUUUUACUGAGCGUGCGGAGAGUAUUGCGGUCGAUGAGUGUUUCAUGCAUGUGUUAAAAACCGGCUCGUUAGAAACUUACGCAUUGCCUUUACCAGGAUUGAGCAGCAACUGGGUACCCUAUCGCUUGAGCCAACAUCGAAUGAACAUGAAGAAUCUGCUUAUGUCCCGUGAUCAUCUCGUAGUACUCAGCAGUCGAGAGAUGGGUGAUAUGACGGUGUACUCACUACUGAAGCCAACUACGAGUGAGUUCUUCGAUGAUGUUCGAACUUCUCGAGCAGGUCCGACUCUGGAACGAGCUAAGAAUAUUGUUCGCCUGCAGUUCCGAAUUCAUGGUGAAAGCUGCUCCCGAAGAUUGCUCGCUUUGUACGAAGACAUUGAAAAGAGUCAGUUGGCUAUGACAGUGGAAGACCUACUGCAUGGCAACGUCGAAGCCCAAAAACUGAGUGAUAUUAUGGCCAAGACCGACAUAUCACUAAUAUUGAAAAAAGGACUUUUGACUGAUCUCGGCGAAAAGCUUUUAAACCUUCACCCAGAGAUUUUUGAAGUUAUACUCGCCAAAAGCAACUAUAUUAGUCCUAAAGUAUUACGUGUACAAAUUGCGAAAGCAAAUCCAAAAAUGGCUGUCCUUAUCGCUCAAUACGUCUGCUCACAUUUAGGCCGAAUCGAAGGGACGAAGUUGCACCGUAAACUACUUCAAAACAGCGUCCCCCUGUGGGCUUAUGAAGUCCAUCCGUUUAACGGAUCGACUCCCGAGAUUCACUGUAGGGGGUCGUCCCCCUGCAAUUGUUUGCGAUGCUCUGGCGGACUUCUUUACGCAGCAGUUGUAGUCUCUAGUGCGCCGAUAGACAUCCGAUUCACACACAUUCUUCCGACUAUUUUAGAAGAAGCUCCAGAUAUUCUCAAGCUUGCUUGUAUGCUUCCGAUGGGCAAAUCGUCAGCCGCUAAUCCUGCCGACUACGCCACCGUGACAGAAAAUAUCAUUAAAACUGUUCGCCCGUAUACUCGCAAGAAUGAACCAGUUACCCCGCAUCUACUGACAGUGUUAAGUGAUGUUUUAACGCUUGCUGACUUUCUGAAAUGUAUCCCAGAAGGCAGUCCCGCACUGAUGCCCUGGGUACAAAAUGGCCUAAUGCGGCAAAAAGCGCAGAAGCUCAAACUAGAGAUAGUAAAAUUUGGCGAGGAUGAGCUUCGCCCACUCAUACCGUAAUCAUAGCCAUCUUGUUUAUCUGCAUUUAUUAACAAAUUAUACCAUUUCAUAUAUCUAUCUGAAACAACAAAUUAGCAAAACUAGCCAACUGCUCUCGGCAACGUUUCACAUGUCUCUAUAUAAAAAUA